GUUCACCACCAGAUAGAGACCAGAUGAAUCAUGCCGAGUGCCUGAAGACGAGGAAGGCCAAGGCGGCCGCUGCUAAGGCCGCACUGGCGAAAGCCAAAAACGCCCCCGCCUCGGAGUCCAACUCCUCGGCCUCUGAUGCUGCCCGGCGAACUGCUGAGGGUGAACAGCACCUGAUCGCCACUGUGCUGGCUCAGGGUUCUGGGGCCCCUGCUCUGGAAGCUGCCCUUCCACCGCCGGUCGUCCCGUCGAAGGCGGCUCCUCAAAAGGGGACGGAAAAGGUCCCCGAGAAGAAACAGAAGAGGGGCCGCGAGGCAGGCUCCACCGGGCCCCUGCUUGAAGAUGCCGGCUCACUGCCAUUGAGCCGCCCGGCGGAAGAGCUUUGGAGGGAGAUGGCCCUCAAGGCUGGCCUUGAAUUGCCCGGCCGCUCGUCGUCUGAGGCGACCAGUGCUGCCUUGGCAGCCGCUCUUCAGUCUGGGCUUCUAGUCCUCCAGGCUGAAGCUGCCAGGGAGGCCGACCUGAGGGAGGCCAAGGCCAAGGCCGACGCUGCUGUUGCCACGGCCCGGGAGGCCGCCCGUCGAGCUGAGGCGGAGGCUGCGGCCAAGGGGAGGGAGAUAGCGGCCCUGCAGGCUGAAUCCCGCUGCCAGCUAGCCAGCCUUGCAAAGGCUGGCUUUAAGCUCAUUCCGGUGCACCCCGUUGCGAAGGACGCGAGUCCGGAGUGGCUGGUCGACACCUCCGGCUACCGGAACACUGGGGAGUUUAUGGACUCCGCCAAGGACUACUGCGCCAGGGUCUUCGCUGAUUUGUUCGCUGCAGCUUAGGAGAAGAUACCGCCCCGCCAGCGCUUGGCCCGCGGCGUCCGGAUUCUUGAGGGCUCUCCCCUGUCCCGCAAGUUCCUAUAUGAGGUCGGCGACAGCACCUUCGCCGCCGGCUACAAUGAAGGAGUAAAGGCCACCCUCCCUACAUUCGCCAAGCUGCUCGGGCCCGAUUUCGACUUGGCCGCGAACACGGACGACGAUCUCCUGGUCCAAGCGCUGGGGAAGCUGAGGAGGGACCAGCGUCGGGAGGAGGCCAAGGCCAGGGGGGAGAUCCCAGAACCGCCGACCCCGGAGCCUGAAGAGGAGGAGGAGGAGCCGAACCAGAGCGGCGGCCGACCGGGAUCCCCCUUCUUUGUAUAAUGUAAUUUGUAUUUUCCCAUUCUAGCUCUUGUAAUGCCCGGCCGUUAGAGCCGAAGAAUAUACAUGCUUUUUUGCCCCAAAAAUUACCUCUAUGCUCAUGACUUCUACUUGUUAUUUUCCUUCCUUUUGUCUUUUGUUGUAUGGAAAUUCCCCCUGUGUUUCGAUAUUCUCCGU